AUAUUGACUUGGUUGAUUAUUGGUCAAACGUAUAUGGUUUUAAAAUGAGCUGUAUGAAAGCGGAAGCGUUGCGUGAACCCAGUAUAGAGAUCUGUAAUGUCGAUGACUUGAUAACGAGCAUCGCCGAGAUCCAAGCCUUCGACUUAUAUAAAGUCACUACGGAUUGCGUCAAUUUUUCGUCUCCUUUCACGUUGAAUGUGAAGAAAACAGGAUCAUUAACCGCGAUAAUUGGUUAUUUCGACAUUUUCUUCGAUCUCGACAAUCCAGUUCAUUUCAGUACAAGUCCCUAUUCUACUCCGACACAUUGGAAACAGACGGUAUUUUCUUUAAGCGAACCCAUUAGCAUAACUGAAGGUGAAGUUAUAAACGGCACGUUGGUCUGUCGAAGACAUUGUAAAGACAUCCGAGGCUUAAUGGUCGUUAUUCAUAUCAAAAAUUUCUCUCAGACAUAUUUUCUGGAUUGAACAUUGAAUAUGCUUGUUCUAAGAAAUUAAUAGUCACAUGUGCCAACGGGAAGCUAUCGCGUUAUGAUGCUCUGAUUUUCGUUGAACGUUCUUUUCCACGAAUAUUCGCUUAAGCUUUAUCUCUUACCAUUUCCAAUUUGAAUCUAUAAUAUGUAGAAUCUAUAGUGUCCGUUUACUUAAGGGAAUCCUAAAGACGAUUAGUCGUAUCUCGUGCACAUAUAUACAUAAAUUUUUGUAUUACAAUAACGUUUUAAUUAGACGUCUAAGUCCAAUUCUAAGAACUCCACGUUGUUUCUUCGUACAAGUUACUCUAGUCUGUGGACUACUAUUUCAUAAGUAGUACAGAUUGCACAGAGCUUCUUAAAACAUAUACAUGAAAGCGGAAUUGCUUAUCUUACUAUCUAUAUAUCAAACGCGAACCUAACAUCUGUGCGAGAGAGAAAGUUAUAACAUCCCAAAUGUUCGUAAUGCACAUGCGUCAGUAUACCAUCGUCGGUGUGAGUUGUACAGUUGUUUAAAGUACCUGGCCGCCCAGGCACAUAAAAAUACUUAAGAUGUAAAACUUAGGACCUCUCUUUUAUCAACCCCGAUUAACGCUAAUCGAUGGUUAACUCGAUCACCACGAUUGCCAACGUGAGAACUAAAUACAGAAGAAGAAUAGAAAGGAGACAUUCUGGAUACAUUAAAUGUCCUUAAGUUCAUUUCUGAUGCUCAAGAAAAGCUAGGAAUCUUGCUGUAAAAUUUUUCACUUUAUGAAUGAGCUUUGACAAGUUGUGCUCCUUUCCUGUAUCUUUGCGCAAUAUGGAAGGCAUGAAGAACCGUAUUAAAGUCUUGCACUGGUCUGACCGGCCUUUUUCAGUCCAGUGAGCUUUCCUUGAAAGCGUGGUACUUCGAUUUCUACAAGUAAAAUUGGAAAUUCACUGGCCAGAAGAAGAAGAACUGCUGUUGGCACUUCUGCGAGUCGAUCGUCAAUUAAUUUAACUAGAAGUUGGUGAAAGAGGCCUUUAGCCUGAUAUUUCAUGUAUCGGUCGACAAAGCUUCUCGAGCUCAUUGAUUGACUGCGGGACAAAGAGAUUCUCGGAUCUCUCAGCCAAUCAACAGGUUUAAGAAGUUCAUCGUGCGAAUUAACAUGAAAUAUCAGCCUAAAGUGUAAUCUACAUUGGUUGUACGAUUUCAAGCGAAUUUUUCGAGCGUGUCAGGCUGCUAUUUCAUUUGUGCGUUUUUGUCGUGUAACAAAUUUUUCAAGUCUGUUAAUUGGCUAUAAGAUAGAGACAUUUCAACCGGUUGAAAUUUGUCUUAUAGGCUUUCUACAAUAAGUCAUUACCUAAGCUUUAAGUCUUAAGCCGUAAAAAAUUGAC